AUGGCGACAGCAUCGCAGCCAAUCAGCUGCCCGCCAGCGAGCGGCGCGGCGCGCAUGGUGCGGGUGUCAUCGACGGAGAAGAUGGACUUCGCGCCGCACCUGCGCGACGUGUCGCAGUUCUCCUCCACGCCCACCUCGCGCAUAGCCGGCACGCCGCCGUCGCGCGGCGAGUCGCUGGGAGACUCCCAAGGCGUGGCGGCGCGCGCGUUCUUCAACUUCGGCAAGCCGGCGCUGCCCGACGUGGUGGAGGCGGGCGACCCCGUGCUGCACGAGCCCGCGCGCCCCGUGCCCGCCACCGACAUUGGCAGUCCGGAGAUAGAGAAGAUCAUUAACGACAUGGUGGCAGUCAUGCGCGCUGCGCCAGGUGUCGGCCUCGCAGCCAACCAAAUCGGCCACCCACUGCAGGUACGGGCACUGCAGGUACGGGCACUGCAGGUACGGGCACUGCAGAUACGGGCACUGCAGAUAAUAGUUCUGGAGGACACGGUGGAGCUGAUGAAGGCGUGCGACCCUGAGGAAGUGAAGCAGCAGGAGCGCCAACCCUUCAACCUGCUGGUGAUAAUCAACCCCGUGCUCAAGCCCGUGGGCGACACCAAGGCUCGCUUCUUCGAAGGCUGCCUCAGGUGCCCUUCCCGCUCCCUCCCUCCCUCCCCCCCUCCCUCCCUCCUGCCCUCCCUCCCUCCCUCCCUCCCUCCCUCCCUCCCUCCCUCCCUCCCUUGCUCCCUCCAUCCCUUACUCCCUCGCUCCCUCCCUCGCUCCCUCCCUCGCUCCCUCCCUCCCUUGCUCCCUCCCCCCCUCCCUCGCUCCCACGCUCCCUCGCCCCACCCUUAUUCUCUCCCUCCCCCCCUCUCUCGCUCCCUCCCACCCUCCCUCGCUCCCUCGCCCCCGCCCUUGCUCCCUCCCCCCCUCCUGCGCUCCCACGCUCCCACGUUCCCUCGCCCCACCCUCCCUCGCUCCCUCGCCACCCCCCUCCCUCGCGCCCGCAAUGCCAUGACACGGGCGACAUGGGCGCCUCAAUGCCAUCACCAAGUCAAGUCUCACUCGUCUCCCCACGCCCCCUACCUCUGCGCGUGCAUUCCCCCCUUGGUGUGUGGCAGUGUGAAUGGGUACCGGGGCAUGGUGGAGCGGUACAGAGAGGUGGAGGUGUCAGGGCUGGCGCGGGACGGCAAGCCCAUCACAGUGCAUGCCACGGGCUGGCAGGCCAGGAUCCUGCAGCACGAGUGCGACCACCUCGCAGGGCUCAUCUACGUCGACAGGAUGGUUCCUCGCACCUUCCGCACCUCUGGUAACCUGCGCCUGCCCUUGCCUGUGGGGUGCCCCCAGCCCGGGUGCUGCUGA